AUGUUGCGUUCUAUAGGGUCGGGUCUGUCCAAGUGUCGUCUUUUAAGGACGCAUCGUUGUGUUUUUUUGUCGACUGAAUGUAAUAAAGAAGGACAAGCGGCUAGUCGGAAGCUGGAGCCUCACCCCGAUGCAGAAAAAGAGCCGCUUGAAAGGUUCCCUAACGAUAUUAACCCAACUACCGGAGAACGAAGUGUCAUGAACUUACAGUUCCUAAUUCACCGCCGUGAAACUUUUGGCUCAUUGAUGCCCGCAACUUCUGGUCUAAAAUGUAUUCGUCUUCGAAAUAUUCUUCCGCAGAAUUUAUUGGAUGAAGUCUUUCUUGGCUUUUCAGCCGAUAGUAACUUUUUAGUAUCUUAUAAUUCACGGUCACGCUAUGUUAAACUGCGCUUCUGGUUAAUACCUGGCGAGCAUUACGGUCCUCGAAAUUGGCUACAGACGUCAUUUGCCGAUAUCGCUCUUGAUGAACUCCCUACUCACCCAUUUCUAUCCGAUAUGUUCGGAAUCCGGUUCAUCCAAUCAUUAAAUGAUCCCCAGACUUUUGUUGUGAUUUUUUCUUCGGCGUCUUCUGAUCAUGUUUCAAUGAUUUGGGGCACAUUACCUGAUCCAAACUGCUUGGACUGUCGAGGAGCUUUUUUAUCUCGUGAGACGUCUGCAUCUUUUAAAUGUACAAAGCAUUUACAGUUACUACGACUCUAUCCCGAUUACCAGGCCUUUUGCACCAAAUCUGGAAAUUCGUUUGAUGAAGUUCAUUCUCCGGAAAACAAUGGUCAAACACCCAUACCUGCGUGUUUUUCCCAUUACUGCCUUUGCAACAGUCAUAGGGCUACGGCAUCAAGCAGUUACACUUGUGUAUGCAUGGCGAAUUCGACCUCUGGUCUGCACCCUUCUGUGUGUCCAGAAACUGGUCGUCUACGUGUCGCCUGGGUCAGUCAGGGCCGACAAAUACGAGUUCUGAGCUGUUCAUUUGGUCCAAAGUCUGCUUGCAGCAUGCCUAUGGGGGCUUAUUUAGACCUGCGGAACAAUGGGACAUGUGUUUCAACUCAACCUCCACUGGCUUACCAGGAGCCCUUUUUAACGAGUAAUUAUUGUUCUUCGUGCUUCUUUUGGCCAACCGACACUUCCAGUUGUCGUCAACGGCUGCAAACCUCACAAUUUUGUGCACGAGACACAACGUCUACCAUGCUAAAGUUGUCUGGUCUCAAGGAACUUUGUGUCUUCAAGUCGUCUCCUGUGCGUAUAGUAAAAGUUAGUGAUCCCUGGCCAGAUGGCCACAAACACCCUAUACUUCCAAGCGGCAAAUUUCUACAGGAGCAUAAAUGUGAAACGCGUGUGGACUCACUGGACGUGUGGAAGCCGUCAUUAUUAGCCGCACGUGAGCUUUUCAACUCAUGUAAGCCACUAUGCUAUUUGGCCAUGCUUCAGGAUAUCCGUGCUUCUUACAUGCACUGGACACUCCUACCACGGUGUGGGUAUGAAAAUGGUAGAAACCCGUCUUGUGUUGCCCCAGAUUCAAAUCCUGAAAAACUGUUAACUAACCAGCUGUGCGGGCAGUGCCAUUCGUACUUUGACGCCGUUGACUGGCAACCAUACCUUCAAGGAACUUCAGUAAUCCCCCAUUCCCCUGUCGUAGCCCACAUGGAAGAAGUUGUUUUUGACGUAAGUAGGACCCCCUGUUUUAUUUUGGGAAAGCAUUUGCCUGAGGUCGUCGAGAAUUCUAACCACGUAACCGAAUGUGUUCUCUUCACAUCUCCACUGGAACCGAACUGGAUCCUUGUCUAUGAAAUCGAUUAUCCCUCGGGCGCCCCCUCAUGUCAUCUCACAGCUCUAAUCGAUAUUGCCACGGGCCGCCAACGCGACCCAGAUGAAGCCCAGCAUGCCGUGCGAUUAGAAGCCAUAACGUCACACUGUCCCUCCCUGUUGCGCUACUCUGGAACAGUUUCGAACCACCAUUUUUGUCUUCCGAUGCUUGCCGCUUCACCGCCUCUACCUCGUGUGCCGUUCCAACAUCCCUUAACAACUCGCAGCACCACUCUCAUCGAGUUGAACAACUAUUCAGUCACGACAGCACGUCAGAGUGUCACCCGCCUUUGCGACCCACAGGGUGGUUAUGUGCUCUACCUCUAA